UCGCGAGUCUGCCUACUACCGCGGUCUUGUUGAUUUGCUGUCAUCAAUUCAGUGUGGCAUGCAUGAAUUGUGUUCACGGUGUUAGUUGCUGUGGCUAGCUACUAUACCAACAACAUUUAAUUUAGCUGAAGUUAUCACACAUGUCCUUAAUUUAUGCAUUCAUCUAGUUCAAUGAAGUUAAUAUGAAAAUAAGCUCACGAUACCAAUACAUGUUAACAUGUUAACUCCCUGAAUACCAGGGAGUGUGGUCCAAGCUGGUAUUAGUUGAACAAGCACAGUAACAAGCUACAGAGCUAGUCCACAUCAGCAUUUAUAGUAUUAUUGUACGACUUCUGUGCAUUAUGUCUGGAUUUAACCCGGAACUCAUUGACUAUUUAGAAGGCAAGAUCUCUUUCGAAGAAUUUGAGAAACGGAGAGAAGAGCGAAAAUCCAAGGAGAAGGCGGGCUCAGAUGAAGAUGAUGGGGUUCCACCUGACGAUGCUGUCCCCAGCACGUCCCGUGUCCCCCGGAGAACUCGCAAGCGCCAGGCAGAGGGCGUGGAAGAGGGGGUGAGCCCCAGCGUCCACAAGGCCUUUUCUUCCAUGCUUCAGCAGGAAGAUGAGGAACUGAUGGAGGAGGAUGAGGAUGAUGAUGAGGAGGAGGACAACGAUGACGACGGAGAAGGAGGUGUAGAAGAGGAAGAGGAAGAGGAGGAGGAGGAGGAGGAGGAGGCAGCGGGAGAGGACGAGGAUGAGGAGCGGAUAGAGUUGCCCUCCGCUGGGGACGUGUUCGCCCUGGAGAUGGAGCUGAAUCGAGAGAACAAGAAGAUGAUGAGGGAGAGGCGGAACCGCAGCAAGCUUCCCCGAGCCCUGCGGGGUCUCAUGGGAGAGGCCAACAUCCGCUACGCCCGUGGGGAUAAGGAGGACGCCAUCACCAUGUGCAUGGAGAUCAUCAGGCAGGCCCCUCUGGCUUAUGAACCCUUCUCCACCCUGGCCAUGAUCUAUGAGGACCAGGGCGACAUGGAGAAGUCCCUGCAGUUCGGCCUCAUCGCCGCUCACCUCAACCCCAGCGACUGCGAGGAGUGGGUGAAGCUGGCCGACAUGUCGCUGGAGCAGGACAACAUCAAGCAGGCCAUCAUCUGCUACUCUAAGGCCAUUAAGUAUGACAGCAGUAACGUGCGCUACCUGUGGGAGCGCUCUAAGCUGUAUGAGCAGAUAGGGGAGCAUAAGUUGGCCAUGGAUGGAUACCGACGCCUCCUCAGCCUGCUGCCCCCUACAGACGGAGAGCACUUCAUGCAGCUGUCACGGGACAUGGCCAAGAGCUACUAUGAGACCUGCGACCUGCCCGCCGCCAUCGGGGUGAUCGAGGAGGCGCUGUCCCGCCACCCCGACCUCGUCACGCACGAGUGCGUCAACAUGGCCGCCGAGCUGUACAUCGUCAACCGCCAGCACGCCAAGGCCCUGCAGGUUCUGCUGCAGUUCUGCGGCAUCGUGCUGCAGAGAGACGGGUCCAAACAGGAAGCAGCAGGGGGACGUCCGGACAAGGCCGGAGAGAGCGAGCCAGAGAGACCUGAGGGAGAGAAACCGCAGGAGGAAGAGGAAGGGGAGGUCCAGGGUGUUCAGAUCCCAGAACACAUCCCAGUGGACAUCAGAAUCAAGCUGAUGGUCUGCCUGAUUCACCAGCACAUCUUCAAACCUCUGGGCCCCAUGCUGACUGCGCUGAUGGAGCAGAGCCCGGAGGAGCUGGGUGAUCUGUACCUGGACGUGGCCGAGGCCUUUCUGGACGAGGGGGAGUACAGCUCCGCCCUGCCCCUGCUGUCUGCUCUCGUCUGCUCUGAGAGAUACAACCUGGCCGUGGUGUGGCUCCGACACGCAGAGUGUCUGAAGGCUCUGGGCCAUAUGGAGGUAGCGGUGAAGAGCUACAGUAAGGUGGUGGAGAUGGCCCCCCUGCACCUGGAGGCCCGCCUCACCCUCUCCACCCUGCAGCAGCAGCUGGGCCACCCCGAGCAGGCCCUGCAGGCGCUGGAGUCCAUGCACGACCCUGACACGCUGGCGCAGGACUCCACCGCCGCUCAGCAGGAGCUGAAGCUGCUUCUCCACCGCUCCACCCUGCUGAACUCUCAGGGCCGGUUGGAGGACUACAUGGACACAGUGCUGACCAUGCUGGCCAUGCUGCUCAAGGUGGCGAUGAACAGGGCCCAGGUGUGUGUGGUUUCCAGCUCUCGCUCUGGAGAGAAGCACCUCUACCUCGUCAAGGUGACCCCAGACAAGGUCUCUGACAUCGAUGACCAGGAGGCCGCUUACCUGGAUGUUGUAGGGAAGACGAAUGUGCUGUCGAAGGACGACUGGUGGCAGCUGCUGCUGCGCGCCGUGUGCGUGCUCUGUGAGCUGCACAGGUACGAGGAGGCGGAGCUUCUGGUGGACUCCUCCCUGGAGUUCUACUCCUUCUAUGACGACCGCGUCAAGAGGAAGGAGCUGGAGUACUUUGGCCUGUCAGCCACCAUGUUGGACCGCAACUACAGGAGGGCCUACGGCUACAUAAGGCUGAUGCUGAUGGACAGUGUGGAUCGGCCUCAGCUGUGGAACGUCUUUAAUCAGGUGACCAUCCACUCCCAGGACGUGCGGCACCAUCGCUUCUGCCUGCGGCUGAUGCUGAAGAACCCUGAGAACCACGCGCUGUGCGUGCUCAACGGCCACAACGGCUUCGUCUCGGGCAGCUUCAAGCACGCGCUCGGGCAGUACAUGCAGGCUUUCCGCACCAGACCCAAUGAGCCGCUCUAUAACCUGUGCAUCGGGCUCACCUUCUUCCACAUGGCCUCGCAGAAGUUUGUGGUCAAGCGCCACCCCCUCCUGCUGCAGGGCUUCUCCUUCCUGACGCGAUACUCGGAGCUCCGUGGCCACUCCCAGGAGAGCCUGUACAACAUAGGCCGCGCCCUGCAGCAGCUGGGGCUGUCACAUCUGGCCAUACACUACUACCAGAAGGCCCUGAACACCCCCCCACCCUCACUGGAGGGUAUUGAAGACGACCAGGUAGACUUGCGCCGAGAAAUUGCCUUCAACCUGUCACUCAUAUACCAGGCAAGUGGUAACAAAGAGAUGGUGCGCCACCUUCUGUACACCUACUGCACCAUCUGAUACCUCCAUCCUGGCACCGAAUCUACACCUGCUGUCAGAUACGGCACCUGCAGGAACAGGAAGGAGGAACAGGAGAGCCUGUAACUCCAGGUGCUGGUAAAAUUAGAAAAUGCUCCUGCAGAUUCCUGUGGAUUUUUACAGAAGCAUGUUACGUACGAGACAGUGCAAUGUUGUGAGUGAAGAAUUUUGCUCUGAAAAGAUAUUGUGGGUAGAUCAUUUCUUUAUUCCAUUGUCAGAGAUCUGUAAGACUUUGACUAGUAUUUCAACAUGAGUCUGGACUGAGCAUAGGUCUGGACCUCACCUUUGCCCUCUGGAUGUGACGACAGAAGAUCAGAGAAAACACUUGGGUAAUGUUUUAGUUUCCACGAUCAUGGAGCUUCACUCCCGUGGUUAUUUGUGUGAUCUGUAGUUUACCUUUGUAAAAAUGUUGGACUUAAAAAUACAUUUAUUUUUUUAAGAAAAUCAUUGUAAAAUAAAACAUGUCAGAUAUGUUA